AUGAAUAUUUUCUAGUCUAACUAACUGUCACCUUUUAUAAGUUAAAAGAUAGUUAAAAAGACCACAGUUGUUAUGCAACCGAAUCAAUUAAAGAAGAGUCAUGUAGAUGCUAAGCCUAUAAGAUUCUUAGAGUGGGAUGAUGAUGCAAAAUAGAUAAAAUUAUGUUUGGAUUUAAAGAGAUAUGUAAGUUAAUUAUAAUAUUAAAAUAUAGAAUUCACUUUUUAGAACUGGACCUGCUUCAUUUAUUGUAUUUGUUGUUGCGAGAUCAGAAAUAAAUUAAAUUUCUAAAUUGAAUUUAGAUAAGAGUUUACCUCUUAUAGAUACUAAACUAUAAAAAGGUAUUUAUAUUUGGAAUCAUGUUAUAUACAAUGAGCAUAAAAACAUUUAAUUAUAUUAGCUCUUAUGUAUCUUAGGUGAAUAGCUUUAAGAGAAAUAGUUAAGAAGAUAAAUUUUAAAUUUAGUUGAUAAUAGUAAUGUAUUCAUUCAUGCAGAUACUGUAUUAAUGACAGUAGCAUCUCUUUUAGCUAGUGAAAUUGUAUUUCUUUUAAAUAAUAAUGAUGAUGAGAUUUUAGAAAAUUUUUAUUAAAUUACAAAAAAUGAUUAGCAUCAAUAUUAUUAAUUAUAAGUUAUCAAUUUUGUUGAAGGUUUAUCUCCUAGCAUUGAUUAAUUUAAAUGGUAUCAAAUCUAUAACAAUAUUAAAAUUACAAUCAUUGAAGAUACACAUUAUCCUAAUGUUUCAAGUUCAACAUUUAUUGAUAAUCCUGUAGAAACUUUAAAUAAUUGGGCUUUAGAAUUAGAAAUGUCAUUACAAAAAAAGAUUUAUCAAUGUUAUGAAAUAGAUUUUCUAACAUUUUUCUCUGUUGCUGAAAUUAUUACUAAAAGUUCUAUUUCAGAAUUAGCAAAACUCAAUAUUAAAGAAAAUAUGUAAUUUUUUAUAUUACUAUUCAGUUUCUUUAAAGCUAUGCAAAAAUAAAUCAAAUAUGAAAAAGAUUACAUUGAAAGUUCUUAUUAUAAAGAAAUUAGAGAAUUUUGUUCAAUCUCAGAUGAAGUCACUGUAGACUCUUUAACUUCUAAACUUAACUAAAUGAGAGAAUAGGCUAUGUCAUUAUAUUACAUUCAAUUAGGUUAAUUUUAAGAUAAUCCUGAUUAUAAUAAAUGUUAACAAAUCAUUCAAUAAAAGAUUGAUCAAUUAGAAUUAGAGUGUAUCAGUUAUAAUUUUGAAUUAAUGGAUAUGUAUUUUUAUUUAAAUAUUUAGAUUAAUUUAGUGAAUUAAGCUAAUAAUUUGAUAAAAUUGAAAAAAAAUAUAAAGAUUCCUUUCCUGACACUUACACUUAAUUUUUAAAUGAAAUACUCAAAUAUCGUGAAUUUAGAGGUUUGAAAUACAAAAAUAUCUAAUAACAUUUAUAAAGUACUUACAAAUCUAAAUUAUAUUCUUAUAUUACAGAAUAUAAUAAAUAAUAAAAAUUACUCUAUGAAAAACGAAUGUAAACUUAAAAUGAAAAAUAAUAUUAAAUUCUUAAGCAAAGAGAGAAAGAACUUUUGAGAGGACUUGAAAUUCUUUAAAAUUAUACAGAUUUAAUGAGAGAUGAAAUUGGAACUCUUAAAAAUCUUAUUGAUGUAACUUAUUAGAAUGUAUAAAUUAGUUCAAUAAUCAAAUCAAUAUUGUUGUUAAGUAUAAAUAAGAAAUCAGAAAAUUGGAUAAUGAAAUACUAUAAUUAUAAUAAUAAGUGAAUAAAAUUUAGAUUAAAAAAAAGUAAUCGUGA